CGAAACUAGCCUUGAAGUGGAUUGCAAAUCGAUUUCUGCGACGGCGGCUACUUAGAAGACGCUAAACGAAAGUGAACUCUGGGCCGCUCCUCCACCGUGAUCGCGCUCGUGCAGGUGUUCGAAUCUUGGAAUGUUUGCGAGCAUCGGGGGAGAAAUCAAACCUUGCCGCAGGGAGAAGCCGUGUUUUUGUUCCGAUCUGAACUUUGUGGCUGUCGUCGAUGGCUGACAAACUGGAACCAGCGAAAGAAGAACCGGCCAAGGUGGAGCAGGUGAAACAGGAGGCGAUGGAUACAGAAACCGACAGGCAGUUUCCCAAGAAGUUCUUUUUGUUCAUGUUCGUGCUCUUCCGGUGCGGAGGGACGUUUUUCGUGAUGACUUCGUUCGUCCCUGACGAGUACUGGCAGUCCCUGGAAGUGGCCCACAAGUUUGUUUUCGGAUAUGGCUAUCAGACGUGGGAGUGGAAGUAUGCCAUUCGAAGCUCUGUAUACCCCAUGUUCAUCUCGGCUCAGUAUUACCUGCUCAAAAUGUUCAAGAUCGACACCGUGUUCACUGUGACCAUGGUGCCGCGCCUCGUUCAGGCUCUCAUGUCAGCUGUUGGGGACUACUGGACUGUGGAGUUGGGCCGCCGCCUCUUUGGCUAUGAGGGUGCCUGCUGGACAUCUUUGUCCGUACUGUUUUCGUGGUUCCUGCACUACACUGCCUCCCGAACCUUGACCAAUGUUGCUGAGCAGGUUUUCACCGCUGGGGCCCUUUCCAUGUACCCAUGGGGCGGCCAGAAGCAGCCAAGCACCUCGUGGGGCUACUUGUGGCUGGUCGGCUUGUCGUGCAUGAUUCGUCCCACGGCCCUGGUCCUGUGGCUUCCCCUCAUCGCUCUGCACUUAGCCAGGGCAUCACACUCCAGGAUGUUCCUACUCAAGAGGCUGGUCUUCACAAGCUUGUUGUGCUUCGGGGCUCUGAUGCUGUGUGACCGGUGGUUCUACCGGCGCUGGGUGUGCACGCCGUGGAACUUCGUGCGGCUCAACCUUGUGGCCGACAUUGGCGCCCACUAUGGCAAGCACCCUUGGCACUGGUACUUCACGAUGGGGCUGCCUGCUGUGCUGGGACUACAGCUGCUGCCUUUUGUGUUGGGCAUCCGGGUCGGCCGCUGCCGUCUCCUGGUCGCAAUCGUCAUCUGGCACAUGCUGGUACUCAGCCUCGUGAGCCACAAGGAGUUCCGCUUCCUGCUUCCCGUCUUCCCGCUGGCCAUGUGCGUGUGCGGGGCGGGCAUGGCGCGCCUGCCUCGCUCGUGGGGCAUCACGCUGGCCGUCCUGCUGGGUGUGGCCUUCUUCCCUCCUGCCCUGUACUUUGGCAUGUUCCACCAGAAGGGCACGCUGGAGGCCAUGGACUAUUUGAACAAGGAGCUGGACAAGAACCCCGGUGCCAGCAGCGUGGCAUUCCUCAUGCCUUGCCACUCGACACCUUUCUACAGUCACAUCCACCGCCGCAACGUCAAGAUGAAGUUCCUGACGUGCGAGCCCAACAUCAAGAAAAAGAAGGACCACGUGGACGAGUCUCGCGAUUUCUUCCUGGACCCAACCAAUGGCCUGAAGAUGUUUGGGUUUGGAGGCAUGACAGACUACAUCGUCAUCUACAACAGCUUGUACAAGCACAUGAUCGACUUUGUGGUGGACUAUGACUUGAAGUUCAUCAAGGGCUUCUUGCACACCCACUUCCCGACAGCUUAUGUGGGCAAAGAAGUGUGGAUCUACAAAACUCACUAGCAGCAGCUCUUCUCGCACGUGUGACUUCUGAACUAGUCAUGUCCAUUUUUGUCAUGUGAGG